CUUAGCUUUUCUCUCUGUAUAAUCAAGAACCUAUGUCAGUUAAGACUUUAAUUGCGUACCUCUCACUUUUCUUUUAUUGUGGGUAGGAAUCUUUUUGUUUGCUUUUAGUCUAAGCAAGGCAAUAAUAGUGUGUGAAGUGAACAGAAAACUUGGGAUCUUUUUGUUUGUUUGGCUUUGCUUGUGUACUGCGAAGUUUCGAGUGUUUGUUGUUCACGGUACUAUAUUUGUUUCCCAUACGUAUUUCCUAUUGCUUUAGCUUUAGGAUCAAAGGUUAACGCUAGUGGAAGAUUGGUAGAAAUGAGUAGUAGAUGUUGUUUAUGGAUUCAAUUUGAGGCUUGCCUCAGAAGGAAGCCUCUUUUUUCUUUGUGCUUGUAUAUUGGAGGUUAUUUUCAAGCUCUUACUGGUUUAAUGAUGAGAAAGCUGAAAGAGAAAUGCAGAGCCCUCUUCAGUAGCAGAGGUUGUUUUGGAUGUUGUACUAAGCCGCCACUUAUAAUAUCUGUGGAUGAGCCAUCCAAGGGGCUUAAAAUUCAAGGUCAUCGGGUAAAAAGACCCAGCAUAAAAGAGGAUUUUUGGAGUAGCAGCACAUAUGAAAUGGAGAAUAGUGCAUUUCCAUCCCAAAGAAGUGUUUCUUCAAUUAGCACUUCGAAUCUGACUCUUGACCAGCAGGGUACCAGCAGCAGCACUAGCAACCCUACUGAGUUUGUAAAUCAUGGACUUUUCCUUUGGAAUCAGACAAGGCAGCUGUGGAUUGGAGACAAGGAGUCCAAAAGACCCAAGCAACCUCAAGAGCCCAAAUUAGGGUGGAAUGCAACUUACGAGAGUCUGCUUGGUACCAAUAAACCUUUUCCUCAGCCCAUCCCUCUACCAGAAGUGGUAGAUUUUCUUGUUGAUAUUUGGGAGCAGGAGGGACUGUACGAUUGAGUUGUCAUAGAUGAGAUACAUUUGUCGACUCUCAUUAUUCCUUUGUUAUUGUAACUUGCAUGAAAUUUUACCAAAGAUGUCCAAAUGUUUAUACCGACAUAUGGAGCAACCAAGGGACUCGAGGCACGGACGGUUGCAGGUGCAACCGUCCCUGCCAAUUUUAGUUGAUAAUCAACUGCGCGUAACUUUCUUUGUACAUUGUGUAACUUUUUUUUCACAGGAUGUAUUUUCACAACAGAUAGUGGUGGGCCCCACACUUGGUGCGGAAAUCGAGUUACAUGGUGUAAUCUCAGCCGCACAAAAUUUUGAGGGCCAAUCUUGGCCCUUAACCGUGCAAGGAUGGUCAUCAGUAUGACCGUCCCUGCCCCAAAUCCAGCAACCAAGUUGGUGUGCUCUUUGUCCUUGUUGAUAGUGAUGAUUGAUGGUAUUUAGUCAUGCAGCAAAUGGUCUUCCUUUGUUACUGUUGCUCUUUGCUGCAUCAGGACCUUGUUGCUAGUCAAUUAUUGGGAACAUUCUCCACUAAGUGUCCACGUCUGCUUUGCAAGCGUCUUUAGCUCACAUUGAGGAUUUAUGUGAAGCAGAUUCCUGCUCUAUAGCUGUUCAAGAAUCCCAAAAGUUUGAUCUGGACGACCUUUCCUAA